AUGGAGGAGCUGAAGAUUGCCCGCAUCGACGUCUUCCAAGUGGGCUUGCCUUACAGGGGCGGAGUCUACCGCCUGUUGGGAGGCAGAGAAUACAAAAGUUUCGAUGCCACCAUCGUCCGAAUUACCACCCAAAAUGGCAUCGCUGAAAUCGCGCCGAAAUUGAUUGGCCUAGACCCUCGAAGAGUCGAUCGUGUCUACGAUGCCAUGGACGCUGCCCUGGUCGGCCACUCUCACGCGAAGACAGCCCUCGAUGUGGCUUGUUGGGACAUCUUUGGCAAAGCCACUGGACUCCCCAUAUGUGAGCUUCUCGGGGGCCGCACGGAUGUCAAGAUGCCAAUCAUUGAUUCGUGCCCCGUCACUGGUCCGGCCGAGACGCUGGGUGACGACCCUACGGUUGAUGCCGAACGCAUCGCGGCAGCGCUGGCAGACAAGAAACCGGGCGUGUUCGUCAUCGUCGAUGCCAACGGAGGAAUGACUAUUAAGAGCGCUCUCCGGAUGCUGAGACAGCUUCCCCCCGGUCUUGAUUUCGUUCUGGAAGCUCCAUGCGCUACGUGGAGAGAAACGCUUGCUCUCCGACGCCGGACCGACGUGCCGAUAUUCCUCGAUGAGCUAGCUGUUGGCGAUGAAUCCAUCAUCCAGAUCAUCGCCGACGAUGCGGCGGAUGGCAUUGGACUCAAGCUCUCCAAGAAUGGCGGCCUGACCAAGGGACGCCGCCACCGCGACAUCUGCGUCGCCGCGGGACUGACUAUCAGCGUUCAGGAGACGGCUGGGUCGGAGAUUGCUUUGUCUGCCAUCGUCCAUCUGGGACAGACUAUCCCAGGGCGGAACCUACGUACCAUUUUUGGACACCCGGAGUGUUGUGAACCUCACGACGGCCGAUGUGGACUUUGA